AUGGAGGAGGAUGAGAAUGUUCCUAUUAUCUUAGGGAGGCCAUAUUUAGCACCUAGGAAAGCAUUGAUAGAUGUGCAAAAGGGAGAGUUAAGUCUAAGAGUGCAAGGCGAAGAAGUAGUAUUUAAUGUGUUCAAGGCUAUGACUUAUCCUAAAGCAAGUGAUAAUUAUUUUUCAGUGGAUGUGGUAGAAGAGGUAGUAGGGAGAAGAAAGUUAAUUGAAGAUCCUUUUAAAAUUAGACUUACAUUUGAUGAUGUAGAUGGUGAGGAUAGUGAAGAGGUGUUGAGUUAUUUGAAGUGGAUACAAUCAUAUGAGCCGUGGAAGCAUACAAAAUUUGAAGAAUUGGGCGAGGGACCGGAAAGACCAUUACCAUUGAUUUUAAAGCCACCUGUGUUAGAACUGAAGGCUGUACCGGAACAUUUACGCUAUGCUUAUCUUGGAGAGAAAGAGACUUUUCCGGUCAUAGUUUCAUCAUUUCUUUCGGAAGUAGAGGAGGAGAAGUUGUUGAGGGUUUUAAGGGCUCAUAAAAAUGCUAUAGGGUGGACUCUUACUAAUAUAAGAGGAAUAAGCCCAUCGAAAGUUAUGCAUAGAAUUCUUAUGAAAGACGAUGCUAGACUGACUAUUGAUGCUCAACGAAGACUUAAUCCGACAAUGAAAGAAGUGGUGAGGAAAGAGAUCUUGAUAUGGUUAGAUGCUAGAGUGAUUUACCCUAUUUCUGAUAGUGCUUGGGUAAGUCCAAUACAAGUAGUACCUAAAGAGGGUGGCAUGAGUGUGGUGAAGAAUGAGAGUAAUAAACUAAUUUCAACAAGGACUGUAACAGGUUGGAGGAUAUGUAUAGAUUACCAGAAGUUGAAUAAGGCAGCUAGGAAAUAUAUGUUUCCUUUGCCUUUUAUUGAUCAAAUGUUGGAUAGAAGGAUGCCAUUUGGGCUAUGUAAUGCACCAGCCACAUUUCAACGGUGUAUGAUGGCGAUAUUCUCUGACAUGGUUGAGAAAGGGAUUGAAAUUUUUAUGGAUGAUUUUUCGGUUUAUGGGUCUUCUUUUGACAAGUGUUUGACUAAUCUGGAGUUGAUUUCUAAGAAAGGCAUUGAAGUGGAUCGGGCCAAGAUUUCUACGAUCGAUAAUUUUCCACCUCCAGUUCCAGUUAAAGAAGUGAGGAGUUUCUUGGGCCAUGUGGGGUUUUAUAGAAGGUUUAUCAAAGAUUUCUCCAAGGUCUCGAAGUCGUUGUUGGCCAUAGUGUUUGCCUUUGAUAAGUUUAGGCCGUACUUGAUUGGGAAUAAGGUGGUUGUUUACACAGAUCAUUCUGCGAUAAAAUAUAUUAUGACCAAGAAAUAUUCCAAGCCUCGUCUUAUUCGGUGGAUUUUGUUGUUACAAGAAUUUGAUGUGGAAAUUAAGGAUAAGAAGGGCACAGAGAAUUUGGUGCCUGAUCACUUGUGUAGAUUGGAGGUUGAUGAGGAUUCUCUUGAUAAAGAAGUUCAGAUUAAUGAUGCUUCUCCUGAUGAGCAGUUGUUUGAAGUAAGUGUUUGUAAAGAUGUUCCAUGGUUUGCAGACUAUGUAAAUUUUUUGGCUGCAAAGGUUAUACCUCCUGAGAUGACAAGGCAACAAUUGAAGAAAUUAUAUUCGGAGAUGAAGCACUAUUAUUGGGAGGAGCCUAUUCUGUAUAAACAUUGUCCUAAUCAAGUUAUUAAAAGUUGUGUGCCCGAAGAAGAGAUGUUGUCAAUCUUGACUCAUUGUCAUACGUUGCAUUGUGGCGGUCAUUUCGGAGGAACAAGAACAAUAGCGAAAGUAAAAGCUGCAGCAACUCCUACUUGUUAUGGGAAAGAGGUGUUGUUUUAUCAUCCAAUUGCGAAUGGCCAAGCCGAGGUGUCUAAUUGGGAGAUUAAAGGUAUCUUCGAAAAGACUACAAAUACGUCACGUAAAGAUUGGUCAAAGAUGCUCGAUGAUUCACUUUGGGCUUAUCGCACUGCAUUUAAAACUCUGAAUGGUAUGUCACCAUAUCGAUUGGUGUUUGGUAAGGCAUGUCACUUACCAGUGGAACUUGAGCACAGAGCUUACUCGGCUGUGAAAAAGUUAAACAUUGACCUUUUUAUGGUGGGACAAAAUAGGCUUAUGGAGUUAAACGAGCUUGAUGAAUUAUGA